AUAGAAGAGGAAGGCGUUCCCUAAAAUCUAUAAAUAGACACAACUAAAACUAUACAUAUACAGACAUAAAGCAAAGGAAAAGAUUUAUAAUGUCGAUUUGUACAGGAAAGAAUUCGUGGCCGGAGCUUGUGGGAGCUAAUGGGGAAGAAGCAGCGAAAAAGAUAGAAGAAGAGAACAGUAAUGUGGAUGCGAUUGUGGUAGUCGAAGGGAGUGGGGUGCCUGAGAACUUCAGCUGCCUCAGAGUUUGGGUUUGGGUCAAUGACUAUGGCAUCGUCACUCAAGUUCCUAACAUUGGCUAGCUACCUAUAUUCCUCAUCAAAAUAAAUUUCUUUUGAUUAUAUACAUAUAUAAAUAUAUAUAUAUAUAUAAUCAAGUUCUCUCUCUUUCUUUAUACUUAUAUGUUUGUAUACUUCAUGUAUAUACCAUUAUGGUAGUGAUAAGAAUAUAUAAUACGUGUUUCUUAUAUUUAAAA